AGCUCGGCUUAAAUAGGGCGGCGCCGAGGGAGUCGUGUAUAGUCGUGCUCGUUGUUGCUGCCGCUGUUGCUGGGAGAUUCCAGCAGUGGGACAACUGCACUGAAUGGCAAUGCAAGCACAUGAGUUGUUCAGAAACCUACGAAUGCCAGAACUUGGGGAUGUCAGGCAGUACGUGCGCACCCUCCCGACAAAUACCCUGAUGGGCUUCGGUGCUUUUGCAGCUCUCACGACCUACUGGUAUGCUACAAGACCAAAAGCACUAAAGCCACCAUGUGAUUUAACAAUGCAGUCUGUGGAAGUAGAGGGUGGUGAGCAUGCUAGAAGAUCCUCUCUUCUUAAAAGCGAUGAUCUUAUGAUUUACUACUAUGAUGAUGUGAGAACAGUUUAUGAUCUCUUCCAAAGGGGUGUGCAUGUAUCAAAUAAUGGUCCAUGUCUAGGUGUUAGAAAACCAAACCAGCCCUACGAGUGGAUCUCCUAUAGAGAGGUUGCAGACAGAGCUGAAUAUGUGGGCUCUGCAUUACUCCACCGAGGCUUCAAACCAUCUCAUGUUCAAUAUAUAGGAAUCUUUUCACAAAACAGACCUGAGUGGGUUAUCAUUGAACAGGGAUGCUAUUCAUACUCCAUGGUUGUGGUGCCACUUUAUGACACAUUGGGAACUGAAGCAAUUUCAUACAUUGUGAACAAAGCUGACUUGCAGUUGGUUUUCUGUGACAAACCUGAUAAGGCCAAGCUUCUGCUGACUGGUGUGGAAAAAGGGGAGACUCCAAUACUCAACACUAUUGUUAUCAUGGAGUCUUUUGGCACAGAUCUUGUGGAACGUGGCAAAAAAUGUGGGGUGGAAGUCUUCAGUAUGAGAGAAAUAGAGGAGCUGGGAAGAACACACAGGCAAAAACCUAUGCCUCCAAAGCCAGAAGAUCUAGCAGUCAUCUGUUUCACCAGUGGAACGACAGGAAACCCCAAAGGAGCAAUGAUCACUCAUCAAAAUAUAGUCAGCAAUGCUUCAGCUUUUGUGAAAAGUACAGAGAAAACAUUUAUGCCUUCCUGUGAUGACGUUCUGAUAUCAUUCCUGCCCUUGGCUCAUAUGUUUGAGAGAAUUGUUGAGUGUGUGGUUCUGUGCCAUGGAGCUAGGAUAGGAUUCUUUCAAGGGGAUAUCAGACUACUUAUGGAUGACCUAAAAACACUGCAGCCCACUGUAUUUCCAGUAGUACCAAGACUGUUGAACAGAAUGUUUGACAAGAUUUUUGGACAGGCAGAUACUUCAUUGAAAAGGUGGAUGCUGGAUUUUGCUUCCAAAAGGAAAGAAGCAGAGCUCAGAAGUGGCAUAGUUAGAAAUAACAGCUUCUGGGAUAAAGUCAUCUUCCGCAAGAUACAGGCAAGUUUGGGAGGAAAAGUAAGGCUGAUGGUUACGGGAGCAGCACCUGUAUCUGCAAGUGUACUGACCUUCCUGAGGGCAGCUCUUGGAUGUCAGUUCUAUGAGGGUUAUGGACAGACUGAAUGCACAGCUGGAUGUUCGCUGUCGCUGCCUGGUGACUGGACAGCAGGUCAUGUUGGAGCACCCAUGCCAUGCAGUAUCAUCAAGCUUGUUGAUGUACAAGAAAUGAAUUACUUGGCUGCAAAAGGAGAGGGUGAGGUGUGUGUAAAAGGGCCAAAUGUGUUUCGUGGCUAUUUGAAAGAUCCAGAAAAAACAGCAGAAGCUCUGGAUAAAGAUGGCUGGCUUCACACAGGAGAUAUUGGGAAAUGGCUACCAAAUGGUACAUUGAAGAUCAUUGACCGGAAAAAACACAUAUUUAAACUAGCCCAGGGAGAGUACAUAGCACCAGAGAAGAUAGAAAAUGUGUACCUGAGAUCUGAAGCACUUGCUCAGGUGUUUGUCCAUGGAGAGAGCUUGCAGGCUUUCUUAGUGGCUGUUGUGGUACCUGAUCCUGAGACUUUGCGCAGCUGGGCCAAGAAGAAGGGAAUUGAAGGCUCCUAUGAAGAGCUAUGCAAAAACAAGGAUGUGAAAAAGCACAUUCUGGAAGACAUGGUGAGGAUUGGGAAAGAAUCUGGUUUGAAGUCAUUUGAACAGGUCAAGGACAUUGUCUUGCACACUGAAAUGUUUUCUAUUGAAAAUGGCCUGCUGACACCAACACUGAAGGCGAAGAGACCAGAACUGCGAAAAUAUUUCCAAAAACAGAUAGAUGAACUCUAUGCCAAUGCCAAAAUGUAACUGAGAAUGGAAUGAAGGUGGCACGUGUCUGUCUACUGUUGGCCUUCAUAUCUGUAAUUUGACUACAGCAAACAUAGGGAAGGAAACUGUGCAAUCAUUGACUUGUACAAAAAUGGGUACUUGCCAUAGGAACAUUGAAGAAAUGGAACACUGCCUUACUGUCAAGUUGUGUUGCAUACUGUUUUUAUGGUGACCUACAAUUUCCAAAAAGAGCCUUAACUAUAAAUGGUAACUAUAUCUAAGUUAUUUAAAACAUCCUUGGCCAAAAAUGGGACUCUCCUUCACCAAGGAACUAAGGUUUUCUUAUUGCCAGCAUGUUUGCUGUCUGCAGUGUAUUUAGCAGUUGUCAAUUCCACAAAGGAUUUGGCAGGUUGGAAAAUGCCUCUAAGUAUCUUACAUUGUCAGAGGAUUAAUUGAUCUCUUAAAAUCAACCACCAGAAAGACCCCACACCCUUACAGCUGUGUAACUGGUACUUCUUGUAUUAGUCCUAAUAUUAACUGAGUAUUUUGGGGUGGUUUUUUUCCCUUCCAGACCUGCAGCAAAUUCUGAGAUCUACUUCUAUAAGGUAGAAGUCAGAGCUCCAUGCAAAGGAGUUCCUCAGAGCAAGUCUGUAUUUGGUGGUUCUGCCCUAGAAGUGUGGAUGCAGUUAAUUCAGCAAGUGUAGCCUUUGCUACACUAACACAUCCAGAGUAAUACCAGCCCUGUACACAAACAGAUCCUAGCUCUGGCAAGAACACUAGAGACAUAAAACCAAAACCAUUCAGGAGGCUGGGCUACACUAACAAUCAGGUAAACACUGCACCUGUACUAGCCCCUUGUUUUCCCUGUAAUGAAUAUGUAUUUAAAAUGCAUUUUUUAAUGUGCCAGGUCCUCUGUAAGCAGAAGAGCUUCUGACAUAACCUCUUAGUUUUCUGUGCUUUAUGUAUGAGCCACUGAGUAUUCUUCACUGAAUAGCAAAAUAAGUCAGGUACAAUGUUUUUUUUUGCCUGAUGCUUUGCAGCAAUUGGAAGUAUUUAUAUAUGCCAACAGAACUGUUGGUACAGACUAGGUAUUUGUUCAGGGAUGAAAACCUAAUUCCCAGAUAAAUUACAAAAAUAACUAGUUACCUUUUUGUUUGAGAAAUCAGCAGAAAUAAAGCCUUAUUACAGGUGAAGUCUUGCUAUCCUUAACAGAGUUGGUUUUGCAUCAGCAUUCAUUGCUGUUUUUGAAAACAUGGAUAUGUAAAAUACAAGCACAACAAGGUUUGCACUAAGGUUUGUGUGUGAUUGUAAUGCACUACUCUGUAGCAUAAUUUCAUACAUGUGUGCAAUUCAGGUACACAAAUCCAAGUCAACUGUUAGAGCAGUAGUUUGUUACAUUGGAAUUCAAAUGUUUGCUUAGUGUUGGCGAUUUCUAUGUUUUAUAAAACCAAAACAAUUUUCAAAACCAAUGAAGGAAACCAAAAUAAAUUUCUGCAUUUCAACUCAGUGAAGUGUUUCUUAAUCAGGGAAAGUUGCUGCUGAUGAACAGGUGUAAUUUGGUAACUCUUAACAUGAUGUAAAAAUAAAACUGCUGCUACAAAUGUACUAACUACAUGAUAAAUGCUGGUUGUUGAAACUUUA